AUGUGGUCAACGCUGAAGCGACUGAGUCAAGCGGCGUUGUUGACUGUCGGAACCUUUUCGCCUUCGUCGCCACCGUUAGCCAUUAACCUGACCAUCACACCCCUCUUCAAUACGACUUCCGGAGAUGCGAUUGCUUUAUCAACUAUACUCAGCCUUAACUCGCUGUCUUUGCGCGCUGGUGAUACCCUCGUGACACUGCCGCUCAAGUUUGGUAACGUACCCGCGAACGAUUACUCGGGUGACCAUUCGCUCCGAGCGGCCGACGAGGAGGGGUCAAUCGGGCUCCGUAGUCAGGACCAUGAAGACGUCAACAAGCGUGACUGGCUAGUGUCGCGAGAUGUUCGCGGUACUGUUCAACUCAGCUUCACUGCAAUGCCUCGUGCAGUCACGCCUACUACCCGUCCCGGCCCCAGAGUAGACCUGCGUACAGACCAAGGAGGCCUCAUCGGAAGCCCCGUGUCAUUCCUUCCCCUUCCUCCUGACCAAGACCAACUAUGCGACAUUACAUUCACUUGGAACAUGGAUAGUGCUCCCCCGGGCACAUCCGCUGCAUGGACCUGGGGAGAUGGCGCCACCGUAUACAGGCGUGGGACGCUGCUUGACGUACUCGGCACAUACCUCGCUGUUGGCCCGUUCCAUAGUUAUACAAAUGCUGCGUCGAACUUCGGGAUGUAUUGGUUUGGAGAACCACAUAUAUUCAACGCAACGCAGAUGGCGCCCCUUCUCGAACGAGUGUACGAACGGAUGGGAUCAUUCUUUGAUGACCCCGGCGAAGCAUUCCGCAUAUUCGUGCGCAAAAGUGUAUCACCGUCCUUCGGCGGAUCGGCCCAACAGUGGAGUUUCAUUCUCGAGUAUUACGAUGGUACCGUCAUCGAAGACGAGGCUUUUCUCUUCGAUCUCAUAGUCCACGCGAUGGCACACAACUGGCCCAUCAUGGAACAGAAGGAGGUUGAAAGCGGCACAGAAGAUCCGGACAGUGCUUGGUAUGUGGAAGGGAUGGCGACCUACUACGCCGCCACGCUUCCGUACGACUUUGGCUUGUACAAUGAGUCGCAGUUUACCACAGCUCUGAACAACAUUCUCUCCCAAUAUUACACUUCUCCUGCGCGUCACUUUCCCGAGGCAGAGGCAGCCCGUUUGGCUUGGCAGAACACGCAUGCCCAGCGUUUGCCUUACUAUCGCGGCGCUACCUAUCUCUUCUACCUUCGAGCCCAAAUCACUCGAGCGACUCGAGGGAAACAGUCCAUCGACGAUAGUGUGCGCGGACUCAUACGUCUUCGGAGGACUCCUGGGACUCCCUUCGGAAUCGAGCAGUGGCAAGAGAUACUUGAGGCGCAGAUCGGGCCGGUGGCGCACACCUCCUUCGCCGCGAUGAAAUCAGGUAAAUGGCUGAUUAGGCUGCCUCAAGACACCUUUGGACCAUGCUUCUCCGUCGACCGCGCGGACCAGUACGAUUUCGAUCUAGGUUUCGACCUGGAUGUUUUGGGCAACAAGACAUUCGUCGUAAAACGGCUUCAGCCUGGUUCUCGGGCGGAAUUAGCUGGACUUCGUAACGACGACAGGAUCACAUGGUACAACGGGUUGGCAGCGAGCAUGGAAUCAUAUCGAUCACUGCUGAAGAUGCGCGUCCUUACUCCGGGCAAAGAUGAGGAAAGUUAUAUAGAAUAUUGGCCUAGAAGUUGGCAGAAAACCGAGGCAUGGGAAGUAAGAUGGAUCGGAGACGCUCAGGGUGAUAGCACCUGUGGCAUCAGUGAUUUCUCAUGACAAAUGUCGUUGAAUGUUGGCUUCUUGAGUUAGUAAUAUAUAAAGAUGGAGUUGAGUCCAAAGC